AUGUCCAGCUCCAAACAACGCCUCAUACAGGGCAUGCACCAGGACCUCAGCUGCCCCAUCUGUCUCAAGCUCUUCCAGUCCCCUGUGACCACAGAGUGUGGGCACACCUUCUGCCAGCCCUGCUUAGCCCGUGUGGCCACUGAAGAGUCUGGGGGCAAAACCGCCCCCUCGUGCCCCACCUGCCAAGCCCUCACCAAGGUGGAGCAGCUGCGGAUCAACCAGCAGAUGGAGCAUUUGGUGGAGUCUUUCCGGCAGGUGCCUCGCGAUCACUGUGAAGAACACCUCGACCCACUCAGUGUCUACUGCGAACAGGACCGGCAGGUGAUCUGCGGGGUUUGCGCCUCUCUAGGCAAGCAUAAGGGACACAACAUCAUUACCGCUGCUGAGGCCCACCAGAGGAUGAAGAAACAGCUUCCUCAGCAGCAGGUCCAACUUCAAGAGGUCCAAAUACGCAAGGAGAAGACGAUUGCCCUGCUGAAUCGGCAAAUAGCAGAAGUGGAGGAAACAGUAUCCCGGUUCAAACACCAAGUAGCAGAGCAGCUGGGGGCCAUGCGGUCUUAUCUGGGGGCGCUGGAGUCCUCCCUGGGACAGGAGGCUGAGAGGGUGCAACAACAGGCCUCCGAGGCCUUGCAAAAUGAACGCAAGACUGUGACCCGCUAUCUGGACCAGCUGAAGCAGAUGGAGAUGGUUCUGGGGGAAGUUCAAGACGAACCACAGACUGAGUUCCUGAGGAAAUAUUGUCUGGUCGUCAGCAGAUUGCAGAAGAUCCUGGGGGAAUCUCCACCCAUUGCCCGCAUGGAUAUCCAGCUCCCCAUAAUUUCUGAUGAAUUUAAAUUCCAAGUAUGGAGGAAGAUGUUCCGUGCAAUAAUGCCAGCUUUGGAGAACCUGACCUUUGACCCAGCCACUGCCCAAGCCAACCUUGUGGUGUCCGAAGAUGGGAAAAGAGUGGAAUGUGUCGAACAUAAACAAGCCGUGAGCCUAGAUGACCCACAACGGUUUGACAAGUCCAACUGCCUGGUCUCACACCAGAGCUUCUCACAAGGAGAACACUACUGGGAGGUGACAGUAGGAGACAAGCCCCGUUGGGCUGUGGGCCUCAUCUCAGCUGAAACUGGACGCAAGGGUCGCCUUCAUGCCACCCCGUCCAAUGGCUUCUGGCUGGUGGGUUGCAAGGAAGGCAAGAGCUACGAGGCCUAUGUGGAGCACAAGGAACCCCGGUCUCUGAAGCUGGAGGGAAAGCCCAGCCGAGUGGGCAUCUACCUGAGCUUCGAUGAUGGCCUCCUGGCCUUCUAUGAUGCCAGUGAUGAAGACAAUCUGGUCCAGCUCUUUGCUUUCCACGAGCGUUUUACAGGCACGUUUUACCCCUUCUUUGAUGUCUGUUGGCACGAUAAGGGCAAGAACAGCCAGCCUUUAGUCAUCUACACCCCAGAGUCACAAGAGCAAUAACUAACCAUGAUC